GCUACCAAAAGUUUAAAGCAACCACCCUUUUUCAAAAAUGAAAUUCGCCAUCGCAUUUGCCGCCAUCCUGGCCGUGGCUCUGGCCGCCCCUCCUCACGAGGAACGUGAUGCCCACAUCACCAAGUACGAGAACGACAACCUGGGCGUCGAUGGAUACCGAUUUGUGUAUGACACCAGCAACCGCAUUCAGCGUCAGGAGGAGGCCCAGCUGAAGAACUUUGGUGACGAUGUGAGUGCGCUGGUCGUCCGAGGAUCGUACUCGUACACCGGAGAUGACGGCCAGGUGUACACCGUCAACUACAUCGCCGACGAGAACGGAUUCCAGCCGGAGGCCGCCCACAUCCCACGGGUUUAGAGGAGCUUAGUAUUG